AUGCCGUCGCGCACUCGACCUCCUGCCGACGCAGAUGAGGACUCUGGGCUUCGUGGCCUGUCCUUCAACCAGCCGUUAUCAUGGCGCGUGGGGCGCUCCGCCAUCCCCAUCGCCGAGCUACUCGAACGCCUCCAAACUCUCGCCCAGGAAUUGCGCAAGCUCGAACAGGAAGAAAUUGACAAGGAAACUCUGCGCAAGGUCUCGCAGGAACUAGCCAGUGCGCAUUUGCUUGCCCACAAGGAUAAGGGUGUGCGGGCAUGGGCCACUUGCUGCAUCGUUGAUGUCUUGCGACUCUGCGCGCCGGACGCGCCCUUUACACGGAACCAGCUCAAGGAUAUCUUCACAUGUGUUAUCACGUCCAUUAUCCCCGCACUGGCCGAUCCUUCCAAUGCCUACAAUGCUCAGCACAUCUAUGUCUUGGGCUCUCUCGCCGAGGUCAAGAGUGUGGUUCUCAUGACAGAUCUCGAUCACCCCGACUCGCUCAUCGUUCCCCUUUUCACCAGCUGCUUUGACAUCAUCUCGGGUUCCUCCAAAGCCUCUACUGGCGAGGAAGUCGCGAAGGGCGUCGAAUUUGAUAUGACUCGCCUUUUGGUUACUGUUAUCGACGAAACACCCGUAUUGGCCCCGGAGGUGGUGGAUACCAUUGUGGCACAGUUCUUGCGGGUCGAUCCUCGGGUACUGGACAAUCCCAAGAAAGGCAAGCGCGCGGACGCCCCAAUCGAUGCUAAACAGGACACCCUGUUGCUAAAGGAUUAUCCGCCUGCCUAUAAUAUGGCCAAGGCCAUCUGCCAGGCCUGCCCCGAACGGAUGACCAGCCAUAUCAGCCAGUACUUCAACAAUGUCAUUAUCGAUGCCUCAGCCCAGUCCGGUCCGGCGAAUGGCAAGCACGGCGCCCGGAAGUCAGGCCUGGACGACUCUGACGAGGAGGGGGAAGAUGUCAAGGAGUUGAGCAAAGCGCAUCGUCUCAUUCGAGAACUUUGGCGCGCCUGUCCCGAAGUCCUGCAGAAUGUCAUUCCUCAAAUUGAAGCUGAGCUGUCCGCAGAGUCUGUCGCACUCCGGUUACUCGCUACUCAAACUAUUGGAGAUCUUGCUGCAGGUAUCGGUGUCGCCGGACCCCCUCCCACACCUCCCAUGGACCCAGUAGCAUACCCGCCAGUGACCAUCGAAGAAUACCCGCAGACGAUUCCUCAGCCCAAUGUUCUUCUCACACCCGUCUCACCCAAGCCUUUCUCUCAAGUUCACGUUUCAGCCUAUGAUGCAUUCUUGAGCCGCAGACUGGACAAGACCCCUUCGGUACGUGCUGCGUGGGUCACAGUCGUGGGAAGGAUCCUCCUGACUUCUGCGGGAGGCUCUGGCCUGAGCGAGAACGAGGAGCAGGGCCUUGUUCAAAGCCUCGCAGCUAUGCUUCAAGAUGCCGACGACAAGGUUCGUGUUGCUGCAGUGGAUGCUGUGGGACAAUUUGGCUAUUCCCACAUUAUUCACAAAGUGGGUUUGAAUGGUGGCUGCUCAUCACCCGGCUCAGUGCUUGCAGCUCUCUCGGAGCGACCGAAGGAUCGCAGACAGCAAGUACGCGAGCAUUCGACCAAAGUCCUAGCGCGAAUCUGGGCGGUGGCGGCUGGUGAUAUCGAGCAUAAUACUGAGCCUGUCACAUCUUUACUGAAAGACAUUCCAUCAAGAAUCUUCGAUGCUUUCUACACAAACGAUCAAGAAAUCCAUCUCCUCAUCGAUCGGGUGAUCCAUGAGUCGCUUCUCCCGCUCAACUACCCUCCCAUCAAGUCAAAGCUGUCUCGGAGUGCCUCGAAUCAGUCUCAAAAACAGAAAGAUAGCCAGCCUUCCGAAGAAGAAACUGAUGUUGACAAGAUUCGUGUGCGUCGCAUUCUCACGUUGCUCCGAGGCUUGGAUGAAAAGGCCCGAAAAGUAUUCUUUGUCAUGCUGGCUCGUCAGUUGCAGCUGAGAUCAGCAGUGACAAUGUACUUGGAUGCCUGCGAAAAGUACAAUGGUGGCGUGAUUGAUAAAGACGAAGCUAAUAUCAAGCAAAAAUUAUCGGUCAUCAUUGACUCGUUGUCCAAGCUGUUCCCCGACCCCUCUCGUUCAUCUGCCGACCUCUGGAAAUUCGCCAAGGUCCACGACCGCCGCAGUUAUCAAUUGAUCCGCUUCGCCAUGGCCGCCGCCAGCGAUUAUCGUACUGUGGUCAAGGCCAUCAGAGAGCUCCAGCGACGUGCACAGAGUGCCAACAAUGCCCCACUGCUCGAAACCUUGACGCCGUUGCUUUACAGAUCAGGGUCAAUCAUUUAUAACCGGAGUCACAUUCCUGCCAUCAUGAGUCUCUCACGAACCGAUGAGAAUGGCUUAGCUAAUGCUGCCCACGAGAUGCUGAAGGAGAUCUCUAAUCAGAACCCUGAAGUCCUUGAGGCGCAGGUGCAAGAAAUGUGCAAGGACCUCGAGGCGCAAGCCCCCAAGGCGAACUCCACUGGCGAUGACAGCAAUGAAGACAUUCUCAAAGCUUGCGCUGGCUUUGCUAAGAAGCUUCCGGAAAAGCUUCCCAAGGACCGCAAGUUUUUCCAAGCGCUGACAAGCUAUGCUCUUAACAGCACUUCGCCACGGUCCGCAAAGCAUGCCGUCUCAAUUCUCAUGGCCACAGCUGAUAAAAAGGAGAUGUACGCGAAGGAUCUGGUCCAAAAAUGUGUCAAGAAGUGGGCGUAUGGCUCCGAUCACUUUCUUACUCGCCUUGCUACGUUGUCGCAACUGAACCUGCUCGCUCCGAGGGAAGCUGACGAAGAAAGCGAUGCUAUCAUUUCCAUUGCCAUCAACAAGAUUCUUCUCACCAACCGUUCCCCUGAGACUGAUUCCGGCUAUCUUUGGUCUGACACAACUGACGAGGAAACGCAAGCCAAGGAGUGGGCCCUUAAGAUCAUUGUCAACCGUCUCCGAGCAAAGGACGGAGCGGAUGGUGAAGACGACUUCCGUGCGCAUGCUAAGCCUGUUUAUGAUACCUUGAACAAGCUUGUGGUCGGAGAGGGCGAAUUGUCCAAGAAGAACGAUACCCCGGCGACACAGAAGUCCCGACUGCGGCUUCUUGCGGCCAAGUCUCUGGUCAAGUUAUGUGCUUCCAGCGUUCUUUGUGACUCACUGUUAGCCCCAGCGGACUUCAAUGUAGUUGCCCUGGUCGCUCAGGACCCUCUUCUGGAGGUGCGUGGUGGAUUCGUCAACCAUCUCAAGAAGAAAUUGGUUCAAAAGUCACACCUUGGUCACCGCUGGUACGUUGUUCCUUGCCUGCUUGGUUUCGAGCCGAGCCGAGGCUUCAAGGAGAGCACACUCACCUGGUUGCGAUCCCGUGCCGCGUAUUUCUCUCAAAGGGCCAAGGAAAGUGGAAAGCGCACAGAGCAGAACAUGGUGAUGGAGAUGAUCUUCUCCCGUCUUUUGUCUCUGCUUGCUUACCAUCCUGACUACCCAUCAGACGACCUGGAUGAGUCUACGAAACUCGGGGAUCUCAGCGACUUCUCCCAAUAUAUUCUCUUCUACCUAUCCGCCGUGGCGAAUGAACAGAACAUGUCCUUGAUCUUCCACAUCGCCCAACGUGUCAAGCAAUUCCGGGAUGGCAUUAACAAAUCCGACGAGAUUUCUACCCGUCUCUAUACCCUUUCCGAUCUGGCCCAGGCGGUCAUUCGGCGAUUCGCCGACAUCUACUCCCAACAACACAAAUUUGGCGGCGCCGCCGGCGGGACCAACAUUUUGCAGACCUACCCUGGAAAAAUGGGCGUUCCCAGUUCUCUGUUUGCCAGCAUGCCCAGCCACCGCGAGGCCCAAAGUGUUGCUGAUAAGAACUUCCUUCCCGACGAGAUGGACGAUUUGUUGGAUCGUGUUGUUCGUGCUUCAAUGAAAUCCAAGGGCUCCUCCGGUGGGAACACUUCUGCCAAGAAGCGCAAGCAAGAGUCCCUAGGGCCCAACGGCCACUCGGCAUCGACCAAGAAGGCACGGAAAGAGAAGUCUACCCGUCCGGUCCGCAGGUCCACUUCAUCAGUGGGUGUGAGCAAGGCCCCGAGACGCAAGCGGAAGGAUGGGGAUGACUGGUCAUCCGAUGGUGGUGCGGGAAAUGAUAUUCCCACAUCUGCUCGCCGACGCAGUAGCCGAGGUACUGUAAAGCACGAUGUCAGCUACGCAGACAAGGACAGCGACGAAGAGGACGAAGAAAUGCAGAAGUGGGAUGCAGCCAAGGCCAAAGACGUCGAUGAUGCCGAAGAGGAAGAGGAAGAUGACGAAGUGGAAGCUGAAGGUCAGGAUGAGCAGCAAAAAGACAAUGCCGAAGCCGAUGAUACUAGCGAAAAAGAAAACUCGCCACCACCUCCACCCCCCUAG